AUGUCUCGUGUUGUGCAUGUAUUUAAGGGUCAGUGGUCAAAGACCCAGCAGGGGGUGUGGGUGUGCGAACAGGAUAAUACACUUCCAACACAUAACAUACUAGUUGGGACCGCAGAUCAGACACCGCUUCUUCUCACUUUCCAACUCCCCCAAUGGAUGUUAAAGCCGAAUGGAGAAACAUGGCCUCCACACAAUAUCCUCACUAACGCAGACUUGGAUAUGAUGAUGACCAUGCAUGAAGGUGAUGUUGCUCCACACAUAUGCGUGAUCUUUGGUGCUGAGGAUGUUGCUACUUUCCAUUUUAGAUGCAGAGCACCUUUUACAAUCGGCACUCUAAAUUUCCUAGGCGAGGGUGGGACAGAGGAGGAACACAUGGCGUUGGUUUUAGAUAUUAUAAGAGGAAACAAAAUACUCUACAGUGACCGUCUCCUCAACCAAAUGUUUGACGAGGAUGAAAUGCUUCUAGUGUACCGUUUCUCUUUGGAGAUGGAAAAGGCGAAAAACAGUCUUGACCUAAAUAUAGGACCACAGGUCGAAGCAGACGACCAUAUUUUUCCUAAUAUUGGGAACGAUUAUGUGGAGACCCACGUACAAGAUGGGUUUGAAGCUUUUAACCUAGGAAGAGAUAUGACGCAGAGUUUUCCUCAUUGUGCGUAUUGCCCAUAUUUCUAUACCCCACCUUGGCACACCAUACACAUCAGACCAUGGUAUUGGGAGAACUUGAUGUCAUUGACUUAUGCGAUGGAGCUCCAACGCAUAUAUGGAGUUCAUGGAUCUGGAUAUGUUGGAUACGUCACUAAUGACCUCAAUAUAGGAAACCUUAAUACACAUCAUAUGCAUGGGUACACUACUAAUGAACCUACUUCUGGUUACGGCAAUCUUAUCGACGUUUCAUCAACGGCUUCCUCAACCGAGGUCAAAACCGUUGUCGAAAUGGUGAAUGACAUAAGCUCCUCAAAAAAAACAAUUGGUUUCGGAGGUCAAGUUUGUCAGGAGAAAGGUGAGUCAUCAUCUGUGCCGGUUGGUAAAACUCUGCCGGACUUAGAUGUUAAGCUAGAGAUGGGAAAUCUUCAGAAUACAAAGGAUAAUGAUGGAAUUACUGGUCUAGAUGGGGAUGCAUGA